AACCAACAAAACCAAAAAACUCUCGUUUGCUGUCAUCAGUACAUCACACAACGAUGAGCCAGCGAACAGCACGGCUCAGUGAGGAGGACAUGGACACGGCGGCAACCGCGACAACAGUGAGCAACGACCAGGAGCACCAGCAUGAGCAUGAGCAUCAGCAUGAGCUUGAGGAGUUGGCCUCGCCGCCAGCUGCUGGGCGACAUGUGCGCCCCCGCUCCAUGAGCAGCACACGGGACGAGGCGCAGCAGGAGAAGGAGGACGGACGGCCAACAACAGAUCACAAGCGCACUCGCAUCCGCCGCCCGUCGUCGUCGUCGUCGGACGAUGAAGACGUGGAGCAGGAGCAACGGCAGCAGCUGGGGGAGGAGCAACAGCCAAACCAAGGCGAGACCACCAUGACUCAGCUGCCGGUGGAGCAACCCGACACGCCCGAGACGCGCAUGACAAACUUUCUCAGCUGGGCUCGCGACAUGGCCGGUGGCGUGUUUGACAAGAUUGAGCUGCGCACAACGGGACCGGAAGGUGACCGCGGGUUCUUUGCGACGUGCGACCUCGCGCCUGGGGACGAGCUGGCGUCCAUGCCCAUUGCCACGAUUAUCAGCGAGCAACUCGCAUCGAGGUCGCCGGUCGGGAUGGCAAUGCUGAGCAGUCCCAUGCUCAAGCGCCGCGGCGUGACUCCGAUUCCCGGCCGAACGCUGAUUUGCGCCUACCUCAUUGCCAACCGGGGCAAGCUGGACUCGCCAUUCUACCACUACAUAAACAUUCUACCACAGACUUACUCAGACCCGCUGUGGUGGAACGAUGCCGAGCUCGAUCACCUCGACGGCACAAACAUUGGCGGUUACAUCCAGGAGCGCCGGAACCAAGUCCGAAACCAGUUCCUGAAUGUCUUUCCCGUCCUGUCUCGCGAGCAGCCAGCUCUGUUCCCAAAGGACGUGUUCACGUAUGAAGCGUAUCUGUGGGCGUUUUCGACCUGCUCCUCGCGCGCGUUUCCCCUGCGCGUCACAGUCAACCCAACCACGGGUGUCGAGUCGCACGCAAUCGGCAACCCCAUGAAGGAACCGUGCGUCGAGUGCCUGCUGCCGCUGUUGGACAUGAUGAACCACCAGUUUGGCGCAUCCAUCACUUGGUUUACCGACGAGACCUCCGUCCGCUUCUUUACUGGCGCAAAGGUGCGCAAGGGCGAGCAGGUGUACAACAACUAUGGCCCAAAGAGCAACGAAGAGCUGUUGAUGGGCUACGGGUUUUGUCUGCCAAACAACGAAGCUGAUCACGUCAAAAUUCAGCUUACCGUGGGCAAUGAUCCGGAUGGCGAGGCCAAGCUGGCCAUCCUGCGUUGGCACGGACUGUCGCUGACUCACUUUCUGCACAAUCGCUCCGUCCCUGUGGAGCUGUUUAGCGCCCUGCGUGUCCUCGUGAUGACACCUGCGGAGAUUUGCAUGUACUCGACCCCGCAGCAAGCAGACCUGACUGAUCGCGUGUCCCUUGCCAACGAAACUCGCAUGCUCCGCACGCUGAGCACAUUGCUCCUCACACGUCUUGUGCAGCUGGGCGGGGAGUCCAGGGAUGGCUUUGAUCGUGGCUUGCUGCUGCAGCCCAGCCUGGACUAUCACGUCCGAUUGGCGCUCACGUACCGAGUCGGACAACGAAGCAUUUUGCUCGCAUGCUCCAAUCUCAUUGCGUGGCGAACGGCUCGCAACAUUGAGUCUGUCAGCAAGGCGGCCGAAACUGAUGGUUACUUGGUGCGCCAGGACCCGCUUCGGACGGAAGUGGAUGCCGUUGCAGCCAUGGCUGUGGUACAGUUGCGCGAGCGCACGCAGCCGCCCUUCCACUACACACUUGCGAUUCCUCAGAACGGCAUCGGAGCGAUUGCCCAACAUGGGUUUUCGCAAUUGCUUCUGGCUUCUUCAGCGUGCAUUACAAGAGCCAGCAUUCGCGCUUCACGCUUGCUCCCUGGCCUGGACCAUGUGGACGGCCUUGAGCCCGAUGUGGAAAUUGCGCUCUACCUUCUUGCUGAGCGCAUGCGCAACUCGGAGUCGCCGUUCAGUCGCUUUAUUCUUGCCGUUGAAUUUCACUCCAGUGAGCUCACUCCGUUCUUGUCAUGCAAACCAGAUUCUGCCAUUCUCGCUCGUGCCUCCAGUGGUGCACGACGCAUUUUCGACCCAGUGCUGCGGCCGUCCAGAGAUUACGACGAGCUGUACGAUGAAUUGUUCCCUGCUCUCUUUCAAAUUGACGGCAUGUCCGACCUAGAGUCUGGCUUCACCCGUGAGCUCUUCCGUUGGGCCAUGAUGGUGGUGGGCUCGCUUGCAAUCGAUCUACCGCUGCACCCAGGCAGUCCUGCCGAGACCAUUCUGCCGCCGCUUCUGCUCAAGCCGCGUCACUCGCACUUGGCGUGCACUGCGUUCGAGUCGCGAUCCUUUUGUGUGGCGUUGAAUGGACCCGCGGCCACGUCUUCGCACGAGCUCUACCUGAACUACAACGACAACGAUCACUUGGCCCUGCUGGCGCGGCACGGACUUGUGCUCUCCUCAACGAUUGCCAACCCAACGGACACUGUUGCGGUUCCGAUCAGCUAUCUAUUCGAUGCGGCUGCGAGUGAAAUCGCGGCCGCGCGCCAGCGUGUUGCCAGUGGCAAGACCGCGUAUCCGCCCACUUUGUUUUGUGACGACUGGCAAGACGCACCCGACAGUGGUUGGGACGCCACCACUGAGGAUGAUGAGGACGCAGAGGAGAACAGCGCUGCUGCAGAAGCUGACGAAGCCACGCCAGCUGGCGGGGCAGAGAAUCUCCAUUCUGUUCUGCGUCGCUUGCCAAAGUACAUUUCCGACACUCUCGCGGCCUUUGGCUUUGAUCCGGCACAGACGAGCCUUGUCCUUGGACGAGAAUAUGGUGCGUCGGGAGCACGAUUUGCCACCAGCCCUGUCGCCAUUCCGCUCAAGCUCAAGCAACUCGCCGUCCUCUUGUGUCUGAGUCGCAUCCAGUGCUCCUAUCUUCGGGAGCAGUUUGCUGAGGCAUCGACCACGUACCGUCAGCAACGAAGCUCGGAUGCCGUGUGCUUUGAACUUGGCUCGUCUGCCAACCCGCUGAUGCUAAACGGCGUACCUGUGGGUUUCCGGGAUCACUCUCCCUCCGAUCCUGGGUACGGGCAGGCUGCCUCGCUCCAGACGACCGCCUGCAAGAACGAGGUGGCGCAGCCGGAGAGUAGCACUUUGGCCAUGUCCAUGCAAAUGGAUGAGGACAGUUUCGUGCUUGCGCCUGGUGCGUCUGCCCUUUCGCCCUCUGACCUGAACGGCGGAGCUGCUGCUUCUGCCGAAGCCCUGCCGACCACGACCAUCUCGUUUACGUCAGUGUCGUCGCGAGACGAAGAAAACCCUCCGCAUCUGUGCCCGCAUGCUUUUCUUGCCGCCGUGCCGAUUCCUGGUUACUUGAAGCGAUUGGGCGCGCGUGCUCUGCAAGUGGCCCUCGCACGCAUCCACACAGAUCUCGCCGGAUCAUUGCAGCUCCUGGAUGAACUUGCAAUCGAACAAGGGUGGAGCACGGUGUGCAAAACGACCAUCCAGACAAUUUUGCGUGGCCGGCUUGAGAUUGUGCGAGACGCGGAAGCUCAGCUUUCGGCUUAAAGUGUGGCGCUUAGUAGUGUUAGGAAGGGCUUGUGUUUGAUGGAACGUGUGCUUUUGCCAGCCAAGAAUCGAAUAUAUUGAGGCUUUCGAGAACA